UUUGUUUUUUUUAAUAAGUAAAGUGAAACUUAAUAAAUAAAAGCGGCUGCUGGCGAUCAAGAAACGCAAAGAAUAUCUCGACUACUGGACGCUCCUACAUUUGCAUCUGCCCUCUCUUAUCUGGCGUCGCCUGCUCCCAUUCGUUGUCAGCGUGCGAGGAACGCGCCUUCCAGUUUAAUUCAAUUUCUGAUCUGUGUGAAAAGACACACCUCCUCCCGACAGAAUAUCGGCUGGCAUUUAAGAGAGCCACAAAAUGUGCGACGAAGCCACUGCGGAUCAUCAAGAUCAUCAUGUACACUUUGAUGCGGCCACGGUGAAGUCGGAUGGCUUUGAGUCGGACAGCUGUGUGACAUACCAGCGCUCGGGCGACACGAUUGCGGUUAGCCUGGGCUUUCUGCAGAUCAACCAUCGGUAUCUGAUCGACCUGAAACUUCCGACAACUGUGUUCGGGGAUACGGGAGCGCCGGGCAGCAAGUUUCUGCCUGUUGUGAGCGCCACGCCCAAUCUGCAUUGCCGGAUCACGGAGUUCGCUGGGACGAAGCACGACGAGCACGACUUUUUCGAGAUGAAGAUCGAGUUCUUUGCCUACAAGGAGAAGCUGCUGCGUGAGGUGCUGCACAUUGUCAGCUCGAAAAACGCGAAGGAGCUGCUGCAGCUGGUGAUUGCCGCCCGGGUACUGGGCAAGGGCAAGGGUACGCCCAUGCUGCGCACGGGCAUCCACUGUAUCGGCGUGGAGCGGGACGACGACGAGUCGGAGGCCUCGGACUUUGCCGGCUUCGACAACAGGCCCUAAGGAGAGACCCAAUGGCCCAGGACAGGCUUGCGACUCGCCUUGCCGCUAUUUGUUUUCGUAGAUAAUUGAAAAUAUUUACAUAGUUCUUAAGUAAACAAAACGAAGCAAAAAAUAAUAAUUAUAUUAAUAUGAUCUAACUCUAAGUCUUGCCUACAUGGUAACCAAUCGUGUGUGAAACUCAUAGAGCAUUUGCAUUUAGAUUUCGGUUUCAAUUUUGUUUGUUGUACUUAAAGUUUUUUAAAUUACCCCUCGAGUCCCGCAACCAAUGCCUGGCCAGCCCUCUGAGCGGUGACUCGUACCUGGCCUCAUUUGUAACCUCGUUGUAGCUCGUUUCCAAAGAACUUGUCUGCCGAAAUGAUUUCCCAUUUAGCUCGGUCUUGCGUUCAUUAGUACACGAAAGUAAACGAAGAUUUAAAUCAAGAUUCUCAGAUGUAUUUUCAUGCGAAUGUUCAUGGAAAGUUUUUAAGUGUAAGGUUAAAACAUUGAAGAUCUGUUGUUAUUGUCUCAUGAACUCAUGGCUACAGUGCGUCUCAAAGCUAGAAGACAGUUGUGGAACAGGCUAUAAAGACUACGUAAUUUAUGUUUAUUGUACAAACGAGUACAAAUUUAGGGCUGCCGAUGCCAUCCUUUCGGUGUAUCAAUUAAAUAUGUUCGAGCAGCAUCGAUUCGGUGGCACUAGCGCGAUUUAUACAAUCAGACGAUGUCCUGUCAUAAUUGUUCAUUCUGUAAAUACCACAACUGUUUUCUUGCUGCGAAUCGCACUGUAAAUAUGGUACAUUUUAUCAUACAUCUUGUUGCACUUCAAAGUAUUUCCCCCCACAUGUAUUUUAAUGAAUGUUAGCUAACCAAUCAAUGAACAGUUCAACCUCGAACAGACCAAACCGCAAGCCUUUUCAAAAAUGUGUAUAGGACUAAAUUUUAAAUUCGACCAUAUAUGUAGACCCUGACCAACUCGUGGUGCUCCUCCUGACUUAAAACCUGUAUGCAUUACCCGAAUAACAGAAACGAAAACUAAGCAAUUUAUUAAUACAAUUAGCCCAAAAGUAUCCAAAUACUUGUAUUUAGCACUGGGCCUUUUGAUAAACUUUUCAAGUUGAUAAUAUUUCGCCCUGUCGAAUGUGUAUUGAGGCGCACCGGUCAGCAGUUAGAUUUUGUAAAUUCUAAUCUACACAAAUCCCAAUUUCAACGGGAGCUCAAUUCUUUACUAAGUAUUUACAACAUAUGUAUGUACAUAAAUAUGUAUGUGUGUGUGUAGGCCAGCAAAUAAAAAGUCGUUGAGAACCCCAUCGAAUAUUAAA